AUGGCGGCACGCAGGCCAUCAGGAGGCAAGGCCAAGGCCAAGGCCAAGCUCAACGCGGAUGACACUCCCAUGGAUCCGGAGGAGUUGAAGCAGGUCUUCCGGCGCAUCGACCUGGACAACAGCGGCACGCUGGAGAUCGAGGAGCUGGAGACCGCCGCCCGGGAGUUGGGCAUCCGAUGCAGCAAAAACUCCAUGAAGAAGGUGUUCAAGAUGAUCGACGCAGACCAGAGCGGGUCCAUCGAUUUCGAUGAGUUCAGCAUCUUCUUCGCGAAGGUCAACAAUCCAGAAAGAAUCAAGGAAGUCCUGUCAGAUGCGAGUGCAUCCUUCUUGGACUACAGGAACAGCGUAGAGCAAGAUCCCUCGUUCGCCAAGCAUUUCCCCAUGCCGCGGAGCGUGAAGUCGGUUGUGAAGUACAACAAGCACUUCAAUGCCACGGUGGAAGCGGUGCGAUGGGUCGCAGAUGGGACGGCGCUAGCUGCUACUGGCGAGGGCAAGUUGCUGGUCUUCGAUGUCGCUAGCCACAUGGACGCCCCCAUCAAGCAGUGUGAAGUGGGCCCAUCCGUGUACUGCAUGGAUGCAGUUCCUGGCGGGCGCGGGGUCCUCUUGGGGUACGGCAAGAAGUCGGACAAUCUGGUCCUUUGGAACAUGGCAGAGGAGCAGGUGGUGCAGAGAUUUGAAGGUCAGUCGAGCGCGGUCUUUUCCUGUUGCCUCAGCUCGGACUUCGUCCUCUCAGGCAGCAAGGAGGGGUUGGUGGUCCUGAAUGACAUCGAGACGGGCACGUGCAUCAGGACCUGGCAGGUUCAUGAAGGCCUGGUGAACUCUCUGUCCUUGGCAGCGGAUGGCCACCAGGUGGUCUCCACAUCUCGUGACGGGCACGUGACCAUCUUCGACAUCAACGCGGGGUCAUGGCCAUCCUGUCAGGUGUCGGACAUCGAGGAUGCAGCAGCGGGAUACACCGUGUGCCACGCAAUUUGGUGUGGGCAUAAUCAAAUCCUAUCCGCUGGCGACGACUACUGCGUGAAGAGAUGGGAUAUCAGGAAUCAGCGUGACCCGCCUCUGGACAGCUACAUGGGGCACACCUCUUGCGUCCGUAGCCUGGCGCUGUCCCCGGACGGGACGUUGUUCGCCUCCGGGGCGGCCGACAGCUCCGUGCGGCUCUGGGCGCUGUCCCCCACGGACCUCAGGAAGACUCGCAUGACCAAAACUGAGGAUGGCGAGAAGGUCAGUGACCUUCUCGCUGACCUGAAGCAGAGAAGAGAGCAGGUGAUCGAGCUGGUACAUGCUGGCGAGGGAGAUCCGGCCGAGAUCCGGGAGUUGAACGAGGAGAUCGAGCAUUUGGAGAAGACGGCCCAGGAUAGGGGUGAUCAGGAGCUGAUUGAUGCACAUGGGUACAUUCGCGCAGUUCUGGGGCUGAGUGGCCACUCGCUGACCGUCGGCUCUCUGGCGUGGCAGGAUUUUGAGGGCGGCCAUCGGCUCCUGUCUGGAGCGCAGGAUGAGGCAAUGUGCUGUUUCGAGUUCAAGGAUGACGACAUCAUGACUGGUCUGACCCAGAUGAGCCGGCAGUGCUCUCCAGGGUAG